AUGGAGUUGCUUAGAAAUUACGAUUGUUCCAUCUUAUACUAUCCAAGUAAGGCUAACGCAGUUGCUAAUGCAUUGAAUAGAAAAUCCAUAUGUAGUUUAAAUCACAUUGCUUUAUUAAGGAGACCUUUAGUGCAAGAGAUUCACAAGUUGGAAUUUGAGAGUGUAUACUUUAAGGUUGAAGGGUCAGGGCCACUCUUAGCUUAUAUACGAUCUCAGUCCUCUCUAAUAGAACAAAUCAAGUCUGCGCAAAGUGAUAACCCAAAGUUAAGAAAGCUAAUGGAAGAUGUUCACAAUGGGAAGAACUUAGAUUUUUCUCUUGAUCAAGAUAUUUUACGUUGUGGUAACCGUUUAUGUGUGCCAAAUAAUAAUGACUUAAAGAAAGCUAUUAUAGAGGAGGUUCACAAUUCUAAAUACACCAUUCAUCCAAGCACUAAUAAGAUGUACCAAGAUUUGAAGCAAUUAUUUUGGUGGGAAGACAUGAAAAAAGAUGUAAGUACUUUUGUUUCUCACUGCUUGACUUGUCAACAAGUUAAAGCUGAAUAUCAAAGACCUAUAUGGUUGUUACAACAUAUUGAGAUACCUGAAUGA